UUUCCCAAGCAUCUUCAAGCUCCAGUUUCCUGCCUGAAGGAAGAGACAAGAACAGAUAAAAGGGGUGCAGCGGGUUUGAGAACACCAUAGUGCUCUAUAGAGCCCCAGUCUCCACACCUCCUCCAGCAUAUCCGAGCUGGUGCUCCCUGGUCCGGGAUCUUGUCCACAAUGAGCCUCCAGCUCCGCAGCUCCGCCGGCAUCCCUAGCUCUUCCAGCUCGUCAUUCACGCUGCUGGCUCCGCUGGCGUUUCUGUUACUGCUCACACUGCCGCAACAGCAGCAGCAUCUAGCUGAAGCUGCUCCUUCCUCAGCCAGAGCCGCAACAGAGCUGCGUUGUGUUUGCUUAACCAUAACUCCAAAAAUUAAUCCCAAAAUGAUCGCUAAUUUGGAGGUGAUCCCUGCAGGUCCACAGUGCCCCACGGUGGAAGUCAUAGCUAAUCUGAAGAACCAGAAGGAGGUCUGUCUGGACCCAGAAGCUCCUGUGAUAAAGAAAAUCAUUCAGAAAAUAUUGGACAGUGAGAAAAAGAAAACUAAGAGGAAUGCACAUGCAGUGGAAAGAUCGGCCAGUGUUCAGUAGAAAGAUUUCUGAGGACUCUGACCCCAGGGAAGACAAGAAGGAAAGGCUGAUUCUCUCCACCUAUGGAUUUUCUUUAGGAACUCCCUGCUUUGACAAGAAAAGGCAAACGAUUGUCCCUGAAGCUUCCUGUUCAUCUUAUGAGUGUAUUUAGCAAAAUGUGUCCUAUUCUUUCCUAUCUGUUACACUAUUAGAAAUUAUGGUACUUUAGUGUGUAAGUCAAGAAUCAUUGAUUGUUAACCUUUCAAAAUGUCUUGAAUUGAAGGUGACUAGGUGAAUAUUGCAUUGUCUGCAGACUAUAUAUAUAUGUAUAUACAUAUAUAUGUAUAUAUGUAUAUAUAUACAUACAUAUAUAUAUUUAGCAUCUUUGUAAUGUUCAUGAGAAGGCAACACCCUCAUCCUCUCUCUCAUGAAAUGGGAACCUCUUUUACUGCUGUUUCUUGGGUGUGUUAAGGAGCUUUCUUACAUCUCAGCCUGGGGUGGCAUAUAACUUUUAUGGUUUUAGAAAGCUGCUAUGUCAUGCAGAAACCUGUGUAGAAUACAUCUCCUUAUUUAGAAUUUCUAACUGUGUGAGUUCUAGAAGGAUCAAUGUGUUCUCAUCUUAUAAUUUUAGACAUUUGAUGUCUUCUUCGUAUGGCAUAAUGUCAUGACUUACUCAUCGAACUGUACACUAUUUAUUAACUAGUUUAUUAGUGUGACUACUAGGACCACUAAGUAUAUAUUUUAGAUAGAUGAAGAAGGUACUAAACAAGGAAAUUCCUUACCUAAUUUUCAUAAAAAAAUAUUUAAAAGUUAUUUCUAGUGAGAGAAACUUCAGCAAAUAUCUAUGCUCUUAGAGUUUUGAAAAUAUACUUAACAUGUUUGGAUAUGCAUUGCCGAGAUAUUUAGAUGUCUGUAGUGUAUCUUUCAAAGAGUUUGCUUUGUUAUAAGGAAAUUAAUGAAUGUAUCACAUCUAUUAUUUUAAGACUACAUUUUAAAGUAUCUCACUUGUUUAUAUUACUCUUUUGAGAAAAAUAAAGUAUCUCUAGAUCUCA